AGUAUUUCCCCCAUCUUUUCUUUGUGUGUCGGCCGAUCGAUCGGAGCCCCACUUCGAGCAACACCCGCUAUCGCAGCUGUACGACACUUUUAUCGUGCGAAAAGACCAGCAUUCCAUGUUUAUCUGAGCUUAUUAGCCUAUCCGCCCGUUUUGAAACUUUUAUAUAUAAGUUCAUAUCUAACGUUGCUAUGCGCCCCUACAGGAGAAACGCUAUCGCUCCAUGCAGGAGCAUAUCCGUCGGGCGCAUCCGAAUAAUUACAUUCCGAAGCUCCCGGCCACCGAAGAGAGCUUUAUCUUAAUGGUUACGACCCCUCCGGAACAACGAGCUCAGAUAUCUCCGCCAAAUCAGGUGCAAUCUCGCCGUCGCAAUGCCGAUCGAGAUAUAUAUGUCGCUGACGCCAGCUCACCCGCAACCCCACGGGGCAUCGAUGAAGCUCACCCUGCUGCUGCAACUGCUGCUGUCGCAUUAGCCCAAUUGCAUCAUAAUCGAUUAGCCUCAGACUGGGAUACAGAUAUGGAAACUCACUCUGAUAACGACAUCGGACGAGAUCGCAUGCGUUCUUCUAUCGAGUUGCCCUCCCUGCGCGACCAUUUCAAACAGGAAUCAUUACCGCCCUUUUCCCCCCGUCCACGAGAGCUUCUGCCAUCGAUUCUCAAUCACUCGCCUCCUGGUCGCUCAUCAACCCUUCCCCCCAUCCAGAGAAGGGACAAGCUGCCCCGUCCUCGCAAGUCCUCCAUAUCAGCGGCACGAAAACCUAAACAUGAGCGGGUCAAGUCAAAGGAAUAUGGCCGGCGCCCUAGCCUGGGCGAUCGCAAAGCACUAUCUGCUGAACCGCAGACGGCAGCAUGGGCCCAAGGCAAGCGCUGGGAGGAUCUGAUUGAGGCGGCUACGUCGGCUACGGAGGCCGAUGAUGACCGACAGUCAGAGGUGAGUUCGCUAUCAGAUACCGAGGAACGACGGGUUCACCCGUUGUCUCUUCGCGAACAGCUUUUAACUGUUCCGUCCCAGGUCGGUCGGUCACCGACCCUUGCACCUCUGAUUUCGAACAUCACCUCUGCUCCUUCUGCCCCGGGGAAUCGUUCAUCACUCCCUCCUGCUUUCCAGUCGGCGGGCGCAUUGCCCCCACCCAAUUCGCAUCGCCCAUUUCCACCGCAUUCUUUUGGUGCUUCCUCCUUGCAUAAGUCCUUGACUCCCCCGCCGUAUGAAACAGCCCGCAACCGUGACAAUGACUUGGAGCCUUUCCCGUCUAUUGAGUCUUCUUUGGAUUCGGCAUCGACUGCAUCAGGGAAGAAUUUUGCAUUCUCGGGUCAUCUUGGACCGUUGGCAAGACCCGAUUCCAGCCCUGGGUUGAGCCUCUUCCCUCGCCAGCAUCAUCGCUUCUCCAACCCAACUCCAGCAUCGUUUCGGCAAAAGGAGGUCCAGGUCUAUUGCGCUAGCUGUCAUCGGCCCUGGGCGCUCAGCGAAUGUUAUGCCUGCACAGAAUGCAUUUGCGGGGUAUGCCGUGAGUGUGUAGGAAUGUACAUCAGCAGUCCCACUGCAUCCUUUAGGAAUGUGACGUCAAGUCCAGGUAGCGCCAUGUCGCACGGUCCGACGAGCUAUCCUCCCCGGGGUUGUCCGCGGUGUCGUACCAUGGGAAGCAAGUGGAAGGCGUUCCAACUUGAAUUUAAGUGAGCCAUCGGGCCGAGGUUUUCAACGGGUUGAAAUUUACGCUGCAGAAUCAUGUUUUACGGAUGUUACGAUUAAUGUUGAGGGUCACGGUUACUCAAAAGGAUUACGCUUCAAUGAUGACAUCUACGCUGGCGACAAUGCACGCGUCCACGAGCCCCCGUCUAUCUGAGAACGAACUUUUCAAGGGCUGGACUAACCGUACAUGCCACGCACGAUAGGAUGAUUGAAAAGCUGGGCUUUUUUUCUUUUUUUAG